CUCAUUCAUUAAAAUGUUUUCAUAGAAUAUAAACCGUGUUAAAUUCAAUCCAAUUUUAACCUAAAAUUUCCCUAAAUUUUUAUUAGAGCAAUAUGUUUUUCUCUGAUGUUACUCACUUUCCUGAAAUUGAAGAUGGGCGUAUUGAAAUACUUACAUUUUUGGAUGCAUGUCGUGGUAUAGUUCGUUUCAUAGAACUUCUAGGAACUGUUUUCUCUCCUGUGAAAAAUGAUAUUUUGGGUAACAUUGAGAAACUAAACACUAUACGAAUGGGUAAUAAAGAGAAGUUUCUGACCUUGAAUGAUAUAGUUGAAUAUGAGUUAGAAAAUUCAAAAGAAAAUGUUGGAAUUGAUGCUCUUUUAUGGCUUAAAAGAGCCUUAGAAUACAUGAAUGUUUUCCUUACUUGCCUAGUAAAUGAUAGUAAAGAAAAUAUCUGUACAGACAAUCUAGUUCCUUACUUCAAUAAAGCAUAUGAAGAAAAAUUGAAGCCUUAUCAUGGGUGGCUGGUUCAAAAACUUUUUGGGAUAAUGGUGCAUGCAGCACCUUCAAGGAAAUCCCUUCUGCAGUUAUUGGCCGGAGAGAUUGAAUUUGCAGUAGAAGAUGAAAUACUUGCAGAUAUUGAGAAUUUUAUUCAAGGACUUGGUUCUAAUCUGGAAGUUAUAAACAGCAUUUAUAAAAGAUAUGAUAUUGAUUCCAAUGCAAAAGUGUAGAAUGUACGUAUGUUAUUGGUGGCAGAGUUAUGAUUUGUGAAUUUUUUGAAAAAGAAAAGAGAAAUUUUAGAAAACUUGCCUUCAACUAGCCAACUGCUUCAAAUUCAACAGCAUGGUAGAGAAAAAGAAUACCAAUUUAAUCUAUGCAACUGAUCUGUUUUAAUCGAUAAAUCACUUCCUCUUGCUUUUUUACUUUUUUCUGCUUGAAGGAACACACUCGGAAUUUUCAGAACACAUUUCAUGUACAGUGAAACCUGUGUAUAACAAUGCUGUUUAUAACAAUAAACCUGUCUAUAACAAUAUUUUCCUUGGUCACAGCAAAAUGUCAACAUAAAUAAUGAAACUGUCUAUAACAAUAUUGUUU